CCCAAUGGCGGUGGCAGCUCCUUCUCCAUCGCGGCCGGUCUCGCCGCUCGCCAUUCAAUCACUGGCCAACUCAUUCUGGCCGUUGCUCGGUCGGAUCUGUUGCAAGUGCAUGACCUUUGCCAGAAAUGGGCCGGCCAGGUGCCUACACUAGUUCUUGUUUUUAACAACUGCCAACGUAUGCGAGCACUUCAACCGGCCUUUCCUGGAGUCAGUAUCAGUAGUGUGGCAGGCGAUGUGUUGCUUCAGGGACUUAACGCAGCCGCUACAUCCUCGCACCCGGCCGUGGACUCGGAGUACACGCGUCUCGGUCUGCUCAAUUAUAGUGUGGAUCUCAAGGGCCUUCGGCCACCCAUAACAAUGUGUACAUUUUGGCGCUGUGAACCGGCGUCUACAGACUUCCGUCUUGACUACUGCAUCCAGUGGCCCCGGGACCAUUCCAAUGUGGACUAUCUGGGCGCUCGCUGCCAAGAUCUUCGAGUCACCCUGCUUGUUGACGGUGGUGUCACGCACAUGGAGAGUCACCCUGCAGGCAACUUAGACCGGGAGAAGUCUCGUGCCAGCUGGAAUGUGCCCAUCAAUGGUACUGCCGCGCCAGCGUCCACCGCCACCUCCCCGGUCUCCCCUCACAGUCCCCUCAACUGCGGCCUGAUACGGGCCAAAUUCACCCUCUCUGCAGGCCCCGGAAAACCUCAACCCGUGGCCCUGCAGUUCUGUCGGGACGGUGGUGCUCUGCCCAGCGGAACUACAAUCACUCUGCGCUCGGAGGGCUAUCGCCUCACCAUGUGC